AUGAAGGAUCCCAAGAAGGCCAAGUCAAAAGCGACGUCCAGGAAGAGAAAGGCUUUUGCGGAUGAUGCAAAAACAGAGCAGGAAGAUCAUGGAGAUAUCGGUAUACAGGACCUGCAGGCCAUGCUUGACCGUGACUGUGCUGCGCAGAAAGGGCCUGAGCCGCAGCCGCAACAGCUUGGGCUUGGCCGACAGAAAAGACGAAAACACCAACCGCCUGAAGACGAGUGUAUUGUUUUGGAUUCCGAUUCAAACCCAGAGGAUGAUUGUGAAUUUGAAGAAGAACAAGAAGAAUCUGAACCAGAUGCUGCACACGAUGAAUGUUUGGAAGAUGACAGCGAUGAUGACAAUGAUGGUGAUCAUGUCGAUUCUUGUGACCCCAAACCCAAACAUGAUUCCAGUUCCAAUCUUUCUGUGGGUCAGCUGGGUCAGCAUGACAAGCCCGCCGAUGCACAUUGUGAUGACCGAGACCAAGACCAGGACUCAGACAGACUGGCUGAUUUGACUUUGGCAACGGGCCAGCAUGAAGAUGUGGUGGUGGGUCAUGACAGCGACCAGCAUGCUACCACUGAAUCUGCUGCCAAACCUGACAAAACACCUGAUGGUGAACCUGGCAGUGGUGGUGAAUCGCAGGCUCAUGAUGGCAAUGAUGAUGCAAAUGAAGGUGGAGGAGGGGGGGGCAGCAGCAGUGGCAGCAGCUCUUCAUCCAGCUCCUCCAGCAAGUCAAAGAAGAGUGGGAGUGGGACUGGGAGCAGCAGCAGCAGCAGCAGUGACUCUGACUCUGACGAACAACCGCAACCAGCUGAGCUUCCUGACAACAACCGUUUCUUGAACAUGGUGGUAGCAGAACCUCCUCAAGCUGCAGGCGAUGAUCAGCCUCAGGCACACAGACGCCCCCGCGCCCAGGCAAUCAGGAUCAACACAUCCCCUGUGGCUAUCUUAGUACAGAUCUCCCCUGUUCCUCAUUGCACUAUAUCUCUGAAUAUGUGCGACCAUCGUUUCGUUUCCAAGUGGAAAAGGGGUAUGCAGUGUGAUGCUUGGGAUGGGGAGCUUCAAAAUCAGCACUUCACAAAGAUCUUUGACGCCACAUCUGCAGACUCAUGGCAAAGUGCUUUGAGAGCUGUGCAUGCGAGGGUGUGGAGAAAGUAUCACUUAGCGGCCAGACCAUUGAACCUCCACAUCGACAUUCGGCCUCAGCAACCUGGUGAGGUCCCAGAUGCAAUCUACAGGCAGCUGGCUCCGGUGAUUUCUGGCAUGCCUGCAGCCAGGAACUACUAUAACCCAGCCGCAGCCGAGUAG